AUGAAAACACCUCAGAAGCAAAGGCUUGAAGUGAUAGUCGCCUACCAAUACGUGGUCACUUUUCUCUUUAUGGGUAAGCCUUUCCUGCACCCUCUGGUGUUCUGUCUCCUUUUUACCCGGCUCUGGUCCUUCUCUGUUCUCUAUUUAGUGUGGCUGUACCUGGACUGGAACACACCCGUCCAAGGUUGUCGGGCCCUCACCUUGCUUUCUGUGCCUCUUCCUCUGCGUAUCUCCCCAAAUACCUCAAAGCUUCUGAAAACCACAGAGCUGCCGGCUGACCGGAAUUACGUGCUGGGUGCCCACCCCCACGGGAUCAUGAGCACAGGAAUCUUCUGUAAUUUCUCCACGGAAAGCAACGCCUUCUCCCAGCUCUUUCCCGGGCUUAGGCCUUGGGUGGCCACGCUGGCUGGACUCUUCUACCUUCCUCUCUAUCGAGACUACCUCAUGUUCAAUGGGCUGUGUCCUGUGAGUCCUUCAUUCUGUCCCCAGCCCCAGCUUGAGCAGGCAGUGACCAUCCUGAUUGGGGGUGCCCAGGAAGCCCUGUACGUGGUUCCAGGGGAGCACUGCAUCACACUGAGAACACGGAAAGGCUUUGUGCGCCUGGCGCUAAGGCACGGAUGAGCAGGGGCCUCCCUCGUGCCUGUGUAUUCCUUUGGGGAGAAUGAUAUCUACAGAAUCAAGUCUUUUGACCAAAACUCCUGGCAGUGUCGGUGCCAAGUUGCCUUCAAGAGACUCACGGGAUCUUCCCCCUGCAUCUUCUGGGGCCGUAGUCUCUUCUCGGCCAACCUCUGGGGUCUGGUACCAUUUGCACCCAUCACUACUGUGGUGGGCGGCCCCAUCCCUGUGCCCCAGUCCCUCAAGCCCACCGAAGAUCAAGUGGAUCAUUAUCACCUACUCUACAUGAAGGCUCUGGAGCAGUUGUUUGAAGACCACAAGGAGGCCUAUGGUGUCCCAGCUUCCACCCGCCUCACCUUCUUCUAG